AUGUCCAAGGAAGACUUGCGCAGUUAUGCGUGUAAACGCAUUGAUCCAAAAAGUCUUAAUUUGAAGAUAUUUGAAAUAAUGCGUAGAAGGCAGAUAGAGAAACAGAGACGCAGCUAUUUAAAGUUGUUGUUUUAUAUUUCCUUGAGUGUUUUGUUAUUUAUAUUAGGAUAUACUUUAUUGAUGUGUACUGAAUAUAUUAAAGGAAACAUAUUCCUUUACCGAAAUAGCAAUUCUUAUUAUUCUAGAAGCCUCUCAGAAUUAGUACCUGUAGAAAAUGGAUCUUCAAAUUGGUAUCAUUUAAUAAAAGUUGAAAAUGAUUACAGUAGUUUAAAUAGAGAUUCACAUGAGGAACCUAUCAGGAAGAUUCCAUCAGUGAAGGUCAAUGAUUCUCAAGAUAAAGAAAGUUGUUUGUUUUAUAAUGAAAAUAACAAAAAAAUGUUUGAUAAUACAUGUAUUAAUCUUGAAGAUGUAUCAUUGCCUUUAUCCAAAUUCGAAUUAAUGGAUAUUAUUGAUAGGUUAAAUGAAGAUAUAUCUAAAAAAUAUAUUAUGAGCUUGUGGUUACAAGCAAUGGCCUUAUCAAACGAUUUGGUGUAUAUUGUAAAAUCUUUAAAAUACUAUAUACGUUUUUAUAGGAAUAAGAUAAGAAAAUGUGUUCAUUUAACUACUAAUGGUAAUUAUUAUACUUCGAAAAAAUGUAAUGAUGAAUUAGCUAAAAAAUUAUUACAAGAUCAAAUGGAAUAUAAUACAAAAUUAUAUAAAGUGAUAAUUAUCAGACACAUGUAA